CAUUGUCAAGAUGCAAUUGUCUCUGGCAGCGGGCAUCGUCGCCGCGGCGUUGGCUUUCGUCUAUGUCUUGAACCUGAUCCUCGCGAGCCUCCGAUACAGAGCCAGGGCUAGGGAGCUGGGAUGCAAGCCUGCUGUGUGGAUGUCGGGAUAUGACCCGACAGGUAUUGCCGAUAUUGCCUAUGGCGUGGACGCGAGCCGCAAAAAGCGAUUCCCCAUCUAUGCUCAGAAUAAUUUUGAGCGCGAAGAGAAGAAGCACGGCCGUCCAGUUGGCACGCUGCGCGUUAAGGCGCCCUUCUUCCGAGACACUCUGGUGACGACUGAUCCUCAAAACAUCCAGACCAUCCUUGCACUGAAAUUCAAGGACUUUGGCCUGGGUGUGAACCGGACUGAGAACUUUGAACCAUUGUUGGGACACGGCAUUUUCGCCACGAACGGCAAGCAAUGGGAGCACUCUAGGGCAUUGCUGCGUCCGCAGUUCAUCCGUGGCCAGGUGAGCGACCUCAACCUAGAGGAAGAGCAUGUCAAGGCUCUGAUGACGGUGCUCGAUCGCCGAGUUGGUCUGGAUGGCUGGACCGAUCUGGUGGACCUUCUGCCUCUAUUCUUCCGGCUCACACUCGAUUCCGCAACCGAGUUCCUCUUUGGAGAGAGUGUCAACAGUCAACUUGAUGAAAAUCACCCCACUUCUGAAAAAGAUGGCAACUUCGCAUAUGCUUUUGAUAAGGCACAGUAUAACCUAUCCAUUGGGGCUCGUCUUGGACCCAAUUACUGGAUCGUUCACACUCCCGAGUUUCAACGUAUGGUUAAAAGGGUACACGAAUAUGUCGACUACUUUGUUCAAAAGGCUCUCAUCCAGGGUGAGAAAAUGCCUGUGAAUGAAGACAAAUACGUCUUUCUCAAUGCACUCGCCAAAGAAACCCGGGAUCCUGAAGAGCUGCGAUCCCAACUUCUCAACAUCUUGCUUGCCGGUCGAGACACCACUGCGUCUACGCUAGGAUGGUUCUUCUACACCAUGGCGGAUCCCAUGUAUGCGCCCGUCUACCGACGAUUGCGAGCUACCAUUUUGGAAGAGUUUGGAACAUAUUCGAAUCCCAAAGAGAUCACAUUUGAGAAGAUGAAGGGCUGCCAAUAUCUGCAGUGGUGCCUGAACGAGUGUCUACGCCUCUAUCCCGCAGUCCCUAUGAAUGUUCGUACUGCAGAAGUAGACACGACACUGCCCACUGGCGGUGGCCCAGAUGGACAGUCCCCGAUUUACGUGCAAAAGGGCCAGGAUGUUGGUUACUCGGUUCACCUGAUGCACCGCCGUAAGGACAUCUGGGGUCCUGAUGCCGAGAUCUUCAAGCCCGAGAGAUGGCAGACGCGCAGGCCAGGCUGGGAUUAUCUUCCAUUCAAUGGAGGUCCGAGAAUCUGCAUCGGCCAGCAAUUUGCACUAACUGAAGUUGGCUAUGUCGUGAUCCGAAUGAUGCAACGCAUUGACAGCAUCGAUGGAUCACAAGUUGGCCCAAUCAAACACGGUCUGACUUUGACCAAUUGCCCUGGUGAGGGAGUAAACGUCAAGCUGCAUUUUGCCGAGUAAAUAAUAUUAAAAUCACACAAAAUGUCUGUUUUAUUAUUGUUGUUAUUUUUUUUUCCCCCGCUCAGUCAUUUUUUGACCGUAUCUGCAAUGGUGAAAUGGAAGAGUGAAACAGCAGGAUGAGUUUGCCAACCGGGGGAUUAUCAGUGGUAGAGCGAGCAUUAACUGCAUCAUCCAGCAAAUGUAUCAAUAGCGAAUUGCAGCAGAAUUGAUUAACGAUUAACG